CAAACUGAACAUCUUUUUUUUCUUUCUGCUGUGUCAUGAUGCAAUAUCAUGUAUGUAUACAUACAGAGAUAUCGGAUAUAAAUCCAUUAUUGAAAGAUCAAAGUCUAUAGGACAGGACAUGCGAAUAUGCGAUAUUGUACAUUGCGCAACACUAAACGUAUCUGUCUCACAUCUUUCAACAUGCUACGUACGGCGAUUAACCAAAGUGUUCGACAAUUCAGUGCCAGUGCAUCCUCGAUAAAAUGUCAUCGACUGGAAGGAAAAGUCGCGAUCGUAACAGCAUCCACAGAGGGAAUAGGUUUUUCCAUAGCGAGACGUUUAGCCCAGGAAGGCGCCAAGGUAAUGAUCAGUAGCCGUAAAGAAGCGAAUGUGAAAAAGGCUGUAGAGGAACUCAAGUCCGAAGGUUUGCAAGUUGCUGGUACCGUCUGUCAUGUAGGAAAAGCAGAAGAAAGGAAAAAUCUGUUUGAAAAAACCAAAAGCGACUUUGGAGGCUUGGAUAUUUUGGUGUCUAAUGCAGGUAUUAAUCCGGUGGUUAGUACAGUAUUGGACAGCGAUGAAGAAGUGUGGGAUAAGAUUUUUGACAUCAAUGUUAAGUGUAUGUAUCUGCUAAUGAAGGAAUCUUUGCCACUUCUCAAAUGCAGCAAAUCACCUUCCAUUAUCAUUAUAUCUUCACUCGCUGGAUAUCAGCCUUUUAAUCUACUGGGUAUAUAUUCAAUUAGCAAAACUGCUUUAUUAGGUCUGAUCAAAGCUACUUCAAGCGAGCUUGCAAAUGAGGGAAUUCGUAUAAACGGUAUUGCGCCAGGAAUAAUAAAAACUAAAAUGGCAAAAAUGCUUUACGAGUCGGAAGAAAGUCACGAAUUUGCUAUAAUGAGUAGCAGCAUGAGAAGACUUGGAAUGCCCGAUGAGGUUGCAGGCGUGGCUGCUUUUCUAGCAAGUGAUGAUGCUUCUUAUAUCACUGGCGAAACUGUAAUAGUAUCCGGUGGAACAAACGCAAGACUCUAAAUUAAUUUGUAAUAACAUGCUUGUUUUUUAUAUCAUUCUUCAAUUUAUGUUUGUGCUAUAAUAACGCUGGGGAAUUCUUUUUUGUUGGGGAAUUAUUUU